AUGAGGCUGUCCUUCUCCGCCACUCCCCACCGCUCUUGCCCCUCACCUCUCGACUCAGAAGUCUCCCGGCCCCUCCCCGCCCCUCCUCGCCCCUCCCUGCCCCUCCUUGCCCCUCCUUGCCCCUCCCUGCCCCUCCCUGACCCUCCCCGCCCCUCCUCGCCCCUUCCCGCCCCUCCCUGCCCCUCCUUGCCCCUCUCCACCCCUCCCCGCCCCUCCCCGUCCCUCCUUGCCCCUCCUUGCCCCUCCCCGCCCCUCCCUGCCCCUCCCUGCCCCUUCCUGCUCCUCCCUGCCCCUCACCGCCCCUCCCUGCCUCUCCCUGCCCCUCCCUGCCCCAUCCUGCUCCUCCCUGCCCCUCACUGCCCCUCCCCGCCCCUCCCCGCCCCUCCCCGCCCCUCCCCGCCCCUCCCCGCCCCUCACCGCCCCUCCCCGCCCCUCCCCGCCCCUCCUCGCCCCAGCCGCCCGAGUCCGCGAGUCGCUGAGCCGCCCGAGCUGUAG